AUGGUUCUUGAGGGUGGAUACAGGAUGAAAAGCAACAAAUGGAACCAGAAUUAUGAUCUGCAAAUAAUUAACUUUUUUAAUCUUGGUGCAAGACACAGUACAACUGGUUUUGGAGUUGUUGUGAGAGAUCAUACAAGUCAAGUGCUUGGAGUCUUAUCUGGGGGUAUAGGCAUUGGAACAAAUUACAUUGCAGAAGUGUAUGGAGUGGUUUGUGCAGCAGAAUUAGCAGUGGAAUGGGGCACGAAAAACAUUGUGUUAUGUUCAGAUUCAAAAACGGUAAUUGGGGACUUUUCUCAAGGGAAAGUUCCUUGGUUUAUUCACAUGAUAUGGAGGAAAGCAACAAGUAAAAUUGUUUCUAUCAUAUACAUGCACAGUUUUAGAGAAACUAAUUUUUCUGCAGAUUCUGUUGCUAAAAGAGGAUCCACAUUAGCAGCUGGUGAAAGGCAGAUCAUCAUGGAAAGACCUUCAUUCUUGACUAGAAUUGAACUUCCAGAGAUGGCAUAUUACAGAUUCUGCUGA